AUGGAGGUGUCUCAAGAUUUCCCCGUGUCUUCUUCUAAACAUUCAGCAGGUGGGCUCCGAAUGACCAGUACUGAGUUGACUGCUUACGGAGUAAUUUCUUUUAUUGUGGUGCUAUGGUGUCAUUACAAAUGGAACCGCAGACACUUCGAAAGAUUGGCAUCCAAAAUGACGGGACCACCGGCAUACCCAAUUAUUGGGGCAGGGCUCGAGUUUGUUGGUACACCCCAACAGGUCAUAGAGAGAAUAAUUAAACUGUUCGACAUCUAUGGCUCCGAACCGUUCAAAGUGUGGAUGGGUACAUCUCUGGGCGUAACCAUUAGCAAACCAGAAGACGUACAAAUAGUAUUAAACAGUUCCAAGGCCCUGGAGAAAGACCAGUUUUACAAAUUUUUCAAGAAUACCGUAGGUGAAGGCUUGUUUUCAGCCCCAGUUCAUAAAUGGCGAAGACAUCGUCGUCUCAUUACUCCAGUGUUUAACGCCAAUCUUCUUGAUCAGUUUUUCCCUGUUUUUAAUGAGAAAAACAGAAUUCUCACAAGGAAUCUAAAGAAGGAAUUAGGUAAAACACAACCAUUUGAUCUUUGGGACUAUAUUGCGGAUACCACUCUUGAUAUAAUUUGUCAAACUGCGAUGGGCUACAAUCUUGACACUCAAUUAAAUAACGAGUCUGAAUUCGCUGAAGCAUUAACAAAAGCAUCGGAAUUAGAUUCUAUGAGAAUUUAUAAACCAUGGUUGCAUCCUGAUAUAAUAUUUUCAAUUUACGGAAAACUUACGGGACUGCACAACGUCUAUAAGACGUUGCACAAACUUCCAAAUCAGGUGAUCAAGGAAAUGAAAGAAACAUAUGCACAAAGGAAAAUUGAAAAUAAAUCUAACACCAUAGAUGUCAACGAUGACGACAAGAAACGUUUAAAAGUGUUUUUGGACACGUUAUUGGAUCUGAAUGAAGCUGGUGCCAACUUUUCUGACGAAGAACUUAGGGACGAAGUCGUGACUAUGAUGAUUGGUGGUAGUGAAACCAGUGCUAUCACACUCUGUUUUUGCCUAUUGCUGUUGGCUAUUCAUCCGGAAAUUCAAGAUAAGGUGUACGAUGAGAUUUAUGAAGUAUUAGGUGAUGGUGACCAAACAAUUACUAUUGAAGACACUACCAAACUAGUUUACCUCGAACAAUGUUUGCGGGAAACUCUUCGAUUAUACCCUAUAGGACCGUUGUUACUCAGACAACUCCAAGACGAUGUCAAAAUUUUUUCCGGUGAUCAUACACUGCCAAAAGGAACGACAUGUAUUAUAUCUCCGAUAUGUACGCACCAUAUUCCUGAGUUGUAUCCGAAUCCAUGGUCGUUCAACCCAGAUAACUUCGACGCUGAAAAUGUUUCUAAACGCCAUAAAUUUAGUUUUAUAGCUUUCAGCGGUGGUCCAAGGGGUUGUAUAGGGUCCAAAUAUGCCAUGUUGUCAAUGAAAGUUCUUGUAUCUACGUUUUUGCGAAACUACAGCGUACACACAGACGUAAAAUUAAGUGAUAUUAAAUUAAAACUAGAUUUAUUAAUGAGAAGUGCUAAUGGUUAUCCUGUGACUAUUCGGCUGAGAGAUAGAAGACCGACAUACAAACAGAAUACGAAUUGUUCAACGGUUAAUUUGUGA